CUACCUCUCUUCCAUCGCUUCUUCAUCGCCGAUUGAGCCUUGUCAGACGUAUUUCAAUUCGCGUCUAGCGUCUUGCCUGUCUUGUUUGGCUUUAAGGCAGUGAUUACCAACACCGACUCCCCCGGGCUGUGCGGUGCGAGGCUGCUGGCAGAUCAGCCCACUUUGCUUGGGCACAUACAUCCUCACGUCCGCCCUGUCAACGUAACCCCCUUCUCGACUCUCACUACAAACGGUCGAUUUUGGGUAUGCAAUAUUAACGAUUAUCGACAAUGCCGUUCCACGUUCUUCGUCGGCUCCUCCUGCUUGCAAUCUGCGUCCGCUUUGCCGCUGGACAGGCGCUCGAAUUCCCCUUCAGCUCAUGCUCGGUCCAAAGCGCCAGUUACUACAACGCAUCCCGAAGAAUUCAUGUCAAUGCAGUAUAUGGGCAGAUGGUCACCCAAACACCAGACGGAACACCUGGCCGUUGGUUGAACUUCACCCUGUUGGGCUCCACGAACAACACGAUUUUCGGAGCAUCCAAUGCGAGUACCGGUGAGGUUUCCAAACUAGCAACGAUGUUUACGAAUUCCUCUUCGCUCACGUUCGAUGUUUAUGACAACGCCUCAUUUUUCUGUCUCAAUCUGCGACCGGCGUCACCGUUACCAUACCCACUCUCGCCGAUCGUCAACGAAUCAUCUUGGUUGUCGAGUAAUGCAACUUACUGUCCACUUUCUCCGGGUCCUUUGGCUUUCAGCGCUGCAGUUCCACUUGACAAGUCGUAUGAAUUCAAUACAAUCACAACUCAGAUCCGCGUGGUCGACACGUCGGAUCCGCCGUUCGAACUCGCCUGCAUCGACAUCGCAACUUCUCCAAUGCCGGAUCAUGACGGCGCUACGAACCGAUUUGGGAUACUGCAAGUGAUAUUAUGGGUUAGCGUUGCAUUGACGAUUGGGUACUGGGCGGUGAAUGGUUUGGCGAGAAUCAGCGCAGCGUGGAGCAGGGGUGGAGAGAGGCGAGGGGGAAUUGCAUGGAGUGAUAUUCGCUGGGCUGGGACAGUGUUAGCCAGUGCGAUCAGCGGAGAGAGAUUCGCAGCAUGCCCUGCUUUAUUGAGGUUCUGCACACCCCUGGCGAGAGACGUCGUCUUUCACACUCAGUGGGCAUUUGCCCUAGGCUUGGUCGCUGUACAGUGGCCGCAGUUCACAUAUCCGAUGUUCGCGCAAUUGGCCUGGGCCAGCCUAGUGUACAAUGUCACCAUCACGCAGGGCACUGGCCCUGACAAACAUUGGGACCCGUUGACGGCGCCGCCACUAGUGUUGCCUGACCAGUUCAACGACCAGAUCGUGGACACUUCUUCUCCACUUUAUCUCGAUCUGGACGCACCAAAUUACCUCUUGACCUUCCCGCCAGACACCGAUGCUGGUAUCCCGUCAAUGGCCGCUAUGAUCGGAGUUCGACCGCAGGACUUGUUCGGCAUUUGUCUGUCUAUAUUUCUCAUCAUUGUGGCUGGUGUCAUCUUCGUUAGUCUGUUGAUCUGGUUCCUCUCCUGGGUCGGCACAGUGAUGUCGGGCCCCAAACGAGCAAACGGCAUUAUCGGUGGAUCUCGUAGUCCGACGUACAGCACAGCACUCGACAGCGUGGCCAAGGAGUUCGGGGAGCUAGAUGGCACGAGGAGCGAUGACAACAUGCCGGGCUCUCAACACGGACAUUCAAAUCUGGGACAUAGCGUUGGUCGAUCUGGCGGUGGUCGGAAGUGGUGGCACUACCGCCUUGGCCAGGGCAGCUUCCACGGGAACGUCCUGCACGGCAAUCUCGUUCGCGUGUUGCUGUUGUUCCACUUCCCCAUCACAGUAUUCUCGGUGUACCAACUCAGCCUUGACCGAUCUAUUGCCUCCAUCAGUUCAGUGGUCCUUGCUGCCCUAGCGUUUGCCAUCCUCUCCAUAAUCAUUCCGGCCCUGCUGUUGCUUCGCGUUGCAGCAAUCCCGACUCCUAAGCUAUACGACGCGACCCGGACACUCCUAGCGUUUGGCCCGUUCUACAACACCUACAUGCAGAAGUCCCAGAUGUUCGCCUGUGUUCCACUUCUCAGCAACCUUGUUAUCGGAAUUGUCAUCGGCGCAGGUUGGAAAAGCGGCAUCGCCCAAGCUGUCAUUAUCCUAGCUGUGGAGGUGUCGACCGCACUAGCCACAAGUAUAUUCUUGCCGUGGGGAAAGGGUGCGCACAUGGGUAUCUUGAGCUUCGCGUUCGUUGUGGGACGGAUCGCUACGGCAGUUUUGCUCGUUAUACUGUCCCCUACGGUUUCUGUGGGGACUGCUGCUGGCGGAUGGAUUGCUGUCGCUGUUCUCAUUAUACAAGGCCUGAUCUAUGUUCAGUUCCUCCUGAUGCUCUUGAUCAAGAUCAUUGAGGGAUUGGUCCGUCUGGUCACGGGUGUAUCAUUCGACAAGUCAUCGAAUGACUUUGACUCUGGCCUUGUCGGGGCUAUCGGCGUGGGAUGCUUCCCAACGAAGCACACACACAACAAGCACAAGAGCCAUACCCGCAACUUGUCUAAUUCCGGUAGUUCCCAGAAUAUGUUGCGCACAUCACCUGGACCCUCCCCAAUAUAUGCCCAGGUACCGAAUACGACUUCAACUACUCGUUCUUUCCUGAGUCCAGCCCAUCUUGGCCGUCCUUAUCGGGAGACCCUGGAUGACGACCAGGCGAACUUCAGUAUCAUGCGGGCCUGGCAACCAUUCCCACAGUAUACAGCGGUCGCAACGUCACCUGUGGCUCAGACUGCAAGUCACGAGCGUUUAGACAGCACAGCAAGUCCUCCGCGUCAAGCGCCCCCUUCAGCACCACAGUCAGGCUUCACGCGCGUACGCGGCGGUCGUGCGAACUUCGAAUCACCGUAUACGUUACUGACAGGAGCAGCACCUGUACCAUCUUUACCACCCGGCGCCGCUGCACCCGUUACGCCUGCCUCGUCCCCGGCAAACGGAAGAGUGAUGCACCCACCUUCUCCAGGUCGCAGUGCCCUUGCGGCCGCUAGAGCAGCGACCGGGUCGAGCCCACGAAUCUCGCCUACUGCUCCUCCGUCUUCGUGGCCCGGAAACCAAGUAUACGCCGAUGAGUCGCCUGGAUCAUCACAACGAUUGCACGCUCGUACGAAGUCGCAAACAGCCAUCAUCGAGGAUGCUUCUGAGCUGCGCGAAUUUCCUCCAUUGACUCAAACUCAGAGUGGCCCAUCAAGGACUGGAGGCGCGUCGAUGGCUAGAAUAACCUCCAGUGGCAUCGCUCUUGCUGCUUCCACUUCUCGGUCAAGUCUCGGCGGUCUUUCGCGAGAAGCGCCCCUUCCGCCACCGACUUCCGCUAUCGUCGCCCAAAACGAAGCUGUGGCAAAAGCAAAGAAAGGAAAGCGCUGGUUCCGAGGCUUAUCCAACCCAAUGGACAACUCAGAUGAUGAGGGUGAUGAGGCGUCCCCACAAGGGCGAUCGACACACUGGUUCCGACGCAACCGGAGGCGCAGCGAAGGUGAUAUGCUGUCUGCACCUCGGAUGGCUGCCCUGGAAAAAACGAAGAGCGAGCAGGGUGCAGAGAUUCCGAGUACCAGUGGACGUUCAUUUGUGGUCAUGCGGCCUUUGAAACAUGGUCAGGGAGGUGGUUCAAGUGGUGGCGCAUCAACGGCAGCCUCUGCAUCUCCGGCGGCAGGCGUAACGGAGUUCGUACCAGCACAUCGUCCAGUUUCGAGCGCUGAUACUCCGGGUUCUUCUUCCAACAACGUGCCUCCGAGCAUUCCACGAAAAUCUUCGAGAAGGAGACCGAGUUCCAGUGGAAAUUAA